AUGAUCCGCCGCCGCCGCCCUUCCCAGGCCCCCGCCUCGCCGGCGGCAGUGCUUUUCUCCCCGCUGGACGACGAAGACCUCCUCACAGAGAUUCUCAUCCGCCUCCCUCCGCUGCCAUCCUCCCUCCCCCGCGCCUCACUCGCCUGCAAGCGGUGGCGCCGCCUCAUCACGGACCGCGUCUUCCUCCGCCGCUUCCGCGCCCACCAGCACCGGAAACCCCCGCUCCUGGGCUAUUUCGUCGGCGGGGCAGCCAUCUUCAACCCCACGCUAGAUUCGCCCAACCGCAUCCCCAGCGCGCGCUUCCACUCUCCACAGAUCCACAAGGAGCGCUGGGUCUUCUGCGGCUGCCGCCACGGCCUCGCCCUCAGCUUCAACGUGGACCGCCUCCACGCCGCCGUGUGGGAUCCCCUCACAGGCCGCCGGCGCCACGUGGCUUUCCCGCCGGGGUUCGACAACGACCGAGAGAACAUCGUCAGGAGCGCCGCGGUGCUCUGCGCCUCCCGCGAAGAAGGCCAUGUGCACGGCGAUUGCCAUUCGAGCCCGUUCAAGCUGGUCUUGGCGCGCACCGACAGUGACCGCACACGCGCAUUCUUUUGCCUCUACGAAUCAGAGCGCAACGCAUGGGGAAAUAUCAUCUCAACAGCAAUUUCAUUCAAGCAUGGGAUCAGCUCCUUGAUUCCAAGCGUCCUGGUUGGGAAUGCACUUUACUGGCUGAUUGGUGUAAACUGCAUCCUGGAAUUUGAUUUGGAAAAGCAGAGCCUUGUUAUGAUGGACCAGCUGGUAGAUACCCAUGUAACUGACUAUUAUAGCUUCCAGAUCUUGAGGACAGAGGAUAACGGCCUAGGCCUCGCCGUUACAUCAGGAUUGAGCAUUCAGCUAUGGGAGAGGAAGUCUAACUCUGAUGGUGUUCUGCGAUGGGUACUGGCCAAAACCCUUCAACUGGACAGCCUCCUUGAGCUAAAACCUGGAAUGGAGAAGCAAGCAGGCACCAUUAUAUUGGGGCAUGAUGAGUAUAGCAAUGCCAUCUUUGUAUCUAUUUCCACUAGUGUUUUCUUGAUCCAACUUGAGUCGCUGCAGUACAAGAAGGUUGUCGAAAACCACACUUACCGUUUGCUCACCACCUAUUAUCCCUACACAAAUUUCUAUGCUACAGGCAGGGUAAUUGGUGGUGGAGAUGAUGUACCUGAGAUGUUGAACAAUGCGUGACAUAUUUCUCCUAUUAGAUCUGCUAAUGUGUUGUGUCAGGUUUGCGGAGUUGUUUGACAGCCAGCAAGGUGAAGAAAUAACAUCCUGGUGCAGUUCCAUUCCUUGUUUGGGCCAGCGAUGUACUGAUGUCUUGUUCCAUGUGGAUGCCAUGAUCUUCCACUAUUCACCUUGAUAUGAAACAUGUUGAAAGUGUUAUCUAGCUCGCUGGAAUUCAGUGGUGUUACUUUUACAGGUGAUAAACCUGCAGAAUUUAACUUGUUCGCUGAAAUUCACCGAGCUACUUUUAGAAGAUGCAAAAUGGAGUUAUCUGGUUUUACUUUUUGAGAUGCAGAAGUUCCGACUGGUAUUGUGACUCUUCAAGUGUUGCAGUAGUGUUGAUUCUCUGCUAGUUAGCACUGGCUAGUCAGUGUACACCAUUUAAGUAUUUUUUUUAAACCGGUACACUGUUAAGGAUGGUUGAGCUAUUUUGCUUCAGUCAUCAACCUGUUAUUAAUCUUCCAUGCGUCCAGUUGUUUCGGCCUGCUGCUGAUUGUGGGCUUGUGACCAGCACUCCUAUUCAUAUAGUCUUAUUGCCUCCAUUAAGAUGGGGUUCAAUCGUUACCUG